UUGGCUUGGCAACAACAGCAGGUAGAAGGAGCGAAGAAGACGAAGAGGACUCCGCUCUUUGAAUACUGUAUUACAGAGUGCUUGGUGUUGUCGUGGUGUGAUGCUGGCGCGGCAAGCUCCCGCGGACCUGCCUGUGUAUGAAACGUUUUGAAAAUAACAUCCAACGCCAUUUAUUUCCCCCACAAGCCGGAAGCCAGGCAGGCCCAGGCUGCGUUUGUUUUCUGGACAGGCGCGGUGCAGCCUGUGUUGCUGUUGGUUCCGUCUCCCCACAGUCUGCAGUAACGACAGGACGGAUCGGCACAUCGGCAGCAGAAUCACAGAUGGAACAGCCUGCCCAGUCCUACAUGCUUGCCAGCCUGACGCGACCGCACUCCGAACAGCUCCUGCAGGGCCUGCAGCUCCUCCGGCAGCACGGCGAGCUCUGCGACAUCGUGCUGCGCGUCGGCGAUGCCAAGAUCCACGCUCACAAGGUGGUGCUCGCCAGCAUCAGCCCCUACUUCAAAGCCAUGUUCACGGGCAACCUCUCGGAGAAGGAGAACUCGGAGGUGGAGUUCCAGUGCAUCGACGAGGCAGCCCUGCAGGCCAUCGUGGAGUAUGCCUACACGGGGACUGUCUUCAUCUCCCAAGAGACUGUGGAGUCUCUACUACCAGCCGCCAACCUGCUGCAGGUCAAGCUGGUCCUCAAGGAGUGCUGUGCCUUCCUGGAGAACCAGCUGGAUGCCAGCAACUGCAUCGGCAUCUCGCGCUUCGCCGAGACCUACGGCUGCAACGACCUGUACCUGGCUGCCUCCAAGUUCAUCUGCCAGCACUUCGAGGAGGUGUGCCGGACCGAGGAGUUCUUCGAGCUGACCCGGGCCGAGCUGGACGAGAUCCUGUCCAACGAUUGCCUCAACGUGGUGACGGAGGAGACCGUCUUCUACGCCCUGGAGUCCUGGCUCAAGUACGACGUGCAGGAGCGGCAGCAGUACCUGGCCCAGCUGCUGCACUGCGUCAGGCUGCCCCUGCUCAGCGUCAAGUUCCUCACGCGGCUCUACGAGGCUAACCACCUGAUCCGGGACGACCACACCUGCAAGCACCUGCUCAACGAGGCGCUCAAGUACCAUUUCAUGCCUGAGCACAGGCUCUCCUACCAGACCGUCCUCUCCACCCGCCCCCGCUGCGCCCCCAAAGUGCUGUGCGCCGUCGGGGGCAAGGCUGGACUGUUCGCAACGCUGGAGAGCAUGGAGAUGUAUUUCCCCCAGACAGACUCUUGGAUCGGGCUGGCACCACUCAGCGUCCCCCGCUACGAGUUUGGGAUCGCGGUCCUGGACCAGAAGGUGUUCGUGCUGGGGGGGAUCGCCACGCACAUGCGGCAGGGCAUCAGCUACCGACGGCACGAGAGCACGGUGGAGAGCUGGGACCCCGAGACCAACACGUGGACGCUAGUGGAGCGCAUGACGGAGAGCCGCAGCACUCUGGGGGUGGUGGUGCUGGCCGGGGAGCUGUACGCCAUGGGCGGCUACGAUGGGCAGUACUACCUGCAGUCCGUGGAGAAGUACAUCCCCAAGGUGAAGGAGUGGCACCCCGUGGCGCUCAUGAUGAAGUCCCGGAGCUGCUUCUCAGCGGCGGUGCUCGACGGGAUGAUCUAUGCCAUUGGAGGGUACGGCCCUGCGCACAUGAACAGGUGCAGCGCAGUUCUGGAUGUACGUGGCGAGAGGCAGUGUGAUUGUUUCUGUUCGGAAAGAGCACCUUGCUUUAGAGCGAUUUUGAAAGCUGUUUGUUCUGUGUAGGUGUAGGUCUGUGUCCCUUGGCUCUUCACAGGCAGAGCAGCUGUUGUCGUUACCGUCUGUCUCUGAAGGCACCCCAGCUCAAUGUGGAGUGGUUUAUUCUGCAGGGAAUCGCCAGGCUCAGCAUCAUCCUUGUUAACAAGCCUUCUGUGAAGAAACGUGAGCCGCAUGGUGGUCAAAAUAAACAAAGGGAAGGGAAGGAACUAAAAGGACCACGUUGUGUGGAACGGAAUCCUGAUACUCUUAGACAUUGAAGAGCAAGCAGUGUCAAAUCUGAAUUUCUGCUUUUUUAUUAAACCCUUUUUUUGUCGUGGAGGUUCUAAUUGCAGUUACUCAAACACUGUGUUGUUAUUGUUAAUUGUAUUGUAUUUGGGGUUUUAUUUUGUAUUUGAAGUUGCUUUCAGCUGAGUUCAGGAGCUCCCUCUUUGUACUGGUUGCCUGCAAUAGAUGCAACCUGGGCUAGAUCAGCUGGGGUCUUUAGAAAAGUAAGAGUCAGCGCCAUCUAGUGACUUUGCAAACAAGUUCCCCUUAAGUUAGCUGGCAUUAGCCAAUACGCUGUUUGCUCAUCAGUGCUGGUGAUUACUAAUAUAAACACACUUUGGCUGUACUAGCCUACAUUGCAUGUGUCUGUGCUGUGCACUAAAACCGAAGCGCUGCUACAGGUUUGUAUAAUUAAGCACUCUCCUCUACCCACUGAGUGGGAAGAGAAAAGCAUUAAAGUGGCAGCAUAGGACUUUUGUUUAGGCAAAAAAACAAUGUGGGAAUAGUAAAUAAAAAAUGUAAUGUAAUUCAAUUGAAUACAAAUCUCAAAGAGUUUUAUUAUAUAUGCAUCUUCAUUGGUUGCUGUAAGUGAUAACUUCCUUCUGCAUUUGUUCAGUUUGAGUGUUCUCAGAUGCGCAUGGAAGUCACUGUACCUGUACCGUUACCCCUGUCGUUGUGUUUG